AUUGUCAGUACAGUCCUUAGUGGGUAUGCUGAGAACUCUUGAGGGCCAGAAUGGUUAUGAGCUUUUGUGUGGCUCGCAUGUGGACCGUCUCUUGAGUAAACUGCCACCAGCCUAUCGCGACAGUUUUGUUGAAUACUGCCUAAGCCGGGGUAUUCUCCAGACAGGCACCGACAAGACCUACACACUCCCUGAUUUCGCAGACUGGCUCCAGAACAAGUCCCAAGCGAAACGUAUCUCCAGCAGAGCCGCGGCUAUGUUCCAGAGUGAAACUCUGAAGGCCCCUGGUAGAGCUAGAGGAGCACCUUAUCAUAGAGAGCAGCCAAGGCCAGUUCUCCUGACACGUGAGAGUGUAGCUAAGGCUCCUGAGUCGACAGCCCCUAAGUUCAGCUCCAAGCCCAAGCCAUACUGUCCCCAUUGUGACAACAGGGAUCACUAUCUCAACUCUUGCGAGGCGUUCAAGAAGUUGACUACCUCCCAGAUUGUAGCUUGGAUUAAAGAUGGCAAACGCUGCUGGAGAUGUGGACGGUUCCAUGCUGUAGAGUCUUGCAACCUCAAAUGUCCAUGUAGAAUCUGUAAAGAGCUACAUCUCACAGUUCUUCAUGAUUCCAUCAAAGACACCACCAGUGCUGUCCUCACCGUCAGCCUCCCAUCUACCCGGGUUUUCUUGGACAGACCGAACCGUACACCCAGAGUCAUGCUGAAGGUUGUCAAGGUCCUCCUCCACAAUGGACCCCACACAAUGGAGGCACAUGCCGUUCUCGACGACGGGUCAGAGAGAACACUCGUGCUUUCCCCCGUCGUGCAGCAGCUCAAGAUUACCUGUACCCCAGAGUUACUUCAUUUACAGACUGUCCGACAAUCUCACACAGAACUUGAAGGGUCGUCUGUUUCCUUCGAGGUCUCAUCAGUCACUAAACCCAUGCAGAGGUUCACUAUCCCUAAUGCCUUUACUGCUCCCGGUUUGAGUUUGGCAGAACAUAACUACCCAGUGGCUGCGCUUCAACGAGCUUAUCGUCAUCUGAGAGAUCUUCCUCUUCCCCCUGUUGACAGAGUCAAACCACUACUUCUCAUUGGUUCUGACAUGCCACACCUCUUAACGCCAAUACAGCCUGUAUGCCGAGGCCCAGAUGGAGGUCCAAUAGCCAUCAGGACACAGCUGGGAUGGUCUCUUCAAGGUCCCAUGAGCCCCAAGCAGCCCUCACGGUGUUAUCAGCAGUGCCUUCAUAUCACCACCGCUACGCCCUAUGAUGAUCUGAUUCGACACGUCGAACGACUCUGGCAGGUCGACACCCUCCCAUACAAUGAGAGAAUGGUCACCAGGUCCAAGCAAGACAAAGACGCUCUCGCCAUGCUCCAGAACGCCACCACCAGAGUGAACGUAGAUGGCAUUCAACGUUAUGCCACACCAUUGCUCCGACGCAUGCCCAUGACCAUAUUCCGUGCCGACAAGGAGGCUGUUCUUCCCAGUCUUCGAGGUACCGAGCGCAGACUGGCACGAGAUCCUGAACUGGCCAAAGCCUACUGCACUGAAAUCCGUAAGUUGGAAUCUGCUGGAUAUGUAGCCAAGAUAACCACAAAAGAAGCACACAGUACUCCAGAGUCCUGGUUCAUUCCUCACCAUAUCGUACAUCAUAAUGACAAAGACAGGAUCGUCUUCAACUGUUCCUUUCAAUAUCAAGGGCAGUCCUUGAACAGUCAGCUACUUCCUGGUCCGAUGCUGGGACCAUCAUUGCUAGGUGUGCUUCUGAGGUUCCGACAACACACUGUAGCUGUGAGUGGGGACAUAAAGGGUAUGUUCCACCAGGUACGCUUGCUGCCCAAAGAUAAGCCAGUGUUGCGGUUCCUUUGGAGGAACAUGUGCAGAGACCAGGAGCCUGAGGUAUAUGAAUGGCAGGUGCUUCCGUUCGGAACUACAUGCAGCCCAUGUUGCGCCAUCUACGCCCUCCAGCGAAGUGCCCAAGAACACCAGAACGACCAGGUCAGUCUGGUUAACAUAGUUGAGAAUUCCUUCUAUGUUGAUAACUGCCUGCACAGCACUUUGAACUCUGAAGAAGCUAAGGAGGUAGUUGAUGGACUUCGUCAACUGCUAUCUGAGGGAGGCUUCGACAUAAGACAGUGGGCCUGCAAUGUACCCUCUGUCAUCGAACACCUUCCCGCAGAAGCCCGGUCUGCUAACAGUGAACUGUGGUUGACCAAAGCCAGUACAGACCUACAAGAACCCACUCUAGGCCUACGGUGGGAUUGUCUCAGUGACACCCUGGGUUAUAGUUUGCGAUCAACCGAGCCCCUAGAGCCCACCAUGAGAAAUGUGUACAAGACGGUGGCCAGCCAGUAUGACCCGCUGGGGUAUAUCAUCCCGUUUACGACCCGGGCCAAGGUUCUUAUCCAAGACCUCUGGAAGCAGAAUUUGGGCUGGGACGAUCCGAUAACACCUCUACAGCUAAGAGAGAAGUGGCUAACAUGGAUAAGAGAGAUUCCUAAUCUCCUUCAGCUGCAAUUUCCUCGACCGUAUGCCCCAGCCUGUGCUGAUUACCCUAGUGCCAUCCGAGAACUCCACAUCUUUUGCGAUGCAUCAGAAAGAGCAUACGGCUCAGUGGCCUAUUUGCGCACUACAGAUGAUCAAGGCCACGUCCAUGUCGCCUUCGUUUUGGCCAGAUCCAGAGUGGCUCCCAGGAAAUGCCUAUCCAUGCCUCGUUUGGAACUGAGUGCAGCCCUCACCGGCGCUCAGUUAGCCAAAGUAAUACAGACUGAGUUGUCUCUUAACAUCCAUACAGUCACCCUCUGGUCCGACUCAACAACCGUACUGAACUGGCUGACAUCUGAGUCCUGUCGUUACAAGGUAUUUGUAGGGACACGUAUAGCAGAAAUCCAGACCCUCACAGACACGGCUGAAUGGCGGUACAUUAAUUCAGCUCACAACCCUGCUGACCACAUCACAAGAGGUCUGACCCUGACCCAGCUAGCACGUCCCCAUCAGUGGAAUUCAGGACCAGACUUCCUCCUUCGACCUUUUGACCAGUGGCCAUCCACACCCGUCAUUGAGGUAGAAUCAGAGAUCAUCGAGUUGAGAAAAACUGCAUUCAUUGGCACUGUCACAGUCUCCAAUCAUUCACUUCUGGACCCCAAUCAAUUCCACACAUGGCUAGAGCUAGUUGAGGCCACUGUCAGGUCCCUACACGGGGCGGCUGCUACAGACAAUGAAUCUUCUCCACAAGCUGAUGACUAUGUCGGAGCAGAGAAACUUAUCCUGGCUCAAGCUCAACAGGACUCAUUCCCACUAGAAGUCCAAGUUUUGAAGACUGGACAGCCGAUUCCAGCGAACAGCCGUUUGGUAUCCCUUGCACCAGAGUAUGAUAAGGACACAGGUCUCAUCAGAGUAGGGGGACGAUUGCGUAGAGCGAGUGACCUCGACCUGGAUGCCAUUCACCCGAUUGUGUUGGAUCCUGGCCAUUCUACAACUAAGCUGUUAAUCAAAGAGACGGACCGCCGACUUCUGCAUCCGGGUUCUGAAAGGGUGCUAGCAGAAUUGCGUCGUCAGUAUUGGAUACUUAGGGGCAGGGAAGCCGUCCGUAAGCAUCAGCGCAAAUGCCAAGAUUGUCAGUUCUGGCGAGCCAAGCCUGAAGUCCCCCAAAUGGCCGAUCUGCCAUCCUGCAGGCUGCAACUUCACCAACCGCCGUUCUAUUCCACGGGGGUAGAUUGUUUCGGCCCCUUUUCAGUAAAAGUUGGUCGUCGCCAUGAAAAGAGAUGGGGCGUCCUCUAUAAGUGCAUGACAACCCGAUGUGUGCACCUUGAUCUGUUGGAACACCUUGAUGCUGAUGCAUUCCUGCUCUCUCUGCGUCGCUUUAUAGCACGACGGGGUAAGCCCAUGGAAUUGCUCUGCGACAACGGUACCAACUUCGUAGGAGGAGAUCGAGAACUACGUGACACCUUUGCUGUCAUGGCACCUAAGCUUCAAGAACUGCUUGCUCCACAGAAGAUCAGAUUCCGCUACAUUCCACCUAAUGCUCCUCAUUUCGGUGGAACCUGGGAGCGUGAAGUCAAAUCUGUAAAGACUGCACUACGUGUCAUUCUGCGAGAGCAAACGGUGCCAGAGCCAGUGCUGCAGACGUUGUUAGUGGAGGUGGAGGGCAUUCUAAAUGCCAAGCCUCUCGGCUACGUAUCUUCCGAUGUUGCAGAUGUGGACCCAGUGACUCCGAACCUACUGCUUAUGGGCCGUCGUGAUGCCUCCCUACCUCAAGUCUUAUUCGACUCUACCAACCUGCUCGGAAGACGCAGAUGGAGACACAGCCAGGUGUUGGCAGAUCAUUUCUGGACUGCCUUCAUCCGAGAUUACCUCCCAAGUUUGCAGGAUCGACAUAAGUGGAGGAAGGAUGGGAAAGAGCUGACUGUGGGCCAAGUGGUUCUCAUUGUUGAUCCCCAACUUCCUCGUGCCCUCUGGCCUGUGGGCACAGUGACUGAGACGUUGGCUGGACCUGAUGGGAAAAUUCGCACUGCCCGUGUCGGAGUUAAUGAGAAAUCCUACACUCGACCAGUUGUUAGGUUGAUUCCACUUCCUCACUUUGAGGAAGAGCCUUAGACACUGUAGACAGACUUUCUUGGUGUUUACAAUUACCCUGUCAGAUAAUUGGGGGCGGCUGUGUACGAAAGCCUGUCCUAGGAACCAAAGUUGUUGACCACACGGACUGAUUUAUAGUGUGACACGCAGGAAGACAGUUUGGUGGAUACUCAUUUCUGCACGCUUGUUAUAUGCUUUGUAUAAUGCGUUUAUGCCUUAAUACCAUUAAUACAGAUGUCAUAACCAAAGCAUAACUGGUGCAGAUGACAACUCACACCCUGUUCAAUAAAGGCAUCUUUGUGAAUAAUCUCUUCUCCAAUCGUUGAUUCUCUUACCGGAAUCCAGUCCAUAUUUGGCC